CCAGAGAUGAGCGAUGCCAAGGAGCUUGACCAGCUGCUGACCCCAGGUCCGUACGAGCAGCUGUACCACAGAUGCGAAAUCGACGCUCUCAUCCGCAAGUGGACAUCGCACGCUGGUCGGACUCCCGGCGACGGGCAGCGCACGCCGCCCUCGCCUUCGCAGCACCUCUAUCUGCCGCCCACACCCGGCCCGGCCUCCGCCAACGCCAAUGAGCCCGUCCGCACGACAACACACCGGUCCGUGCUGCCGAUAUCGGCUGUAUUUCUUGCUGAAGAGCUGCUGCGGCAGGUGCUCCAGGGAUACGAGGACGUGCCGUUUGAUGAGGUUCGCAAGAUGGCAGAGGAGCUCGGGGGAUGUGGCGGCGCUGCCGAGGAGCCCGUGCGCCGCACUGCCAGGAUGGUCUUUGAUGACAGCCUGGAUGAGAGGGACCUGAUGCCGCCGUCGCAGCAUGACGACGACGUAGACCAGCCGCCGGGCGAUGCGGUGGACCGACAUGAAGAAGGUGGUGGGGAUGUGGGAGAUGAGGCCGAUGAGCUGGGCGGCAGAGCUGAAUCGCUAGAGAGUGUCGAACCUUCUUACUCUGACCAUCCGGACCAUCCGGGAGUGGAGGCUGCGGCGGGUGGUGGGGCUCCAGCACGCCAGUCUGUAUCGCCUCUCCCCCUCAGCCCCUCUCCCUCGCCCUCUCCCUGUCCCCCUUCCCCUGGCGCGCCUCUGGCCAUCUCUGACGAGCCCUUUGUCCCCUUCACCCAGCUAGAUUCCCCUGUUUACGGCUCGCCCUUCGGUGCGGGUGAAGCCGCUCUGCAGCAAGACGAGGUCCUCGAUGGCUUCGACGUGGACGACUCGGACCAAAUCGCAUACGACGACGACCCCUACUCGACCGAGAGAUUCCGCAUCGUCGGCGAGUUAGAGGCAGAGGCAAGAGGGGACGAGAUAGAGGAGGAGGAAGAGGAGGUGCAUGAGCGAUCCCAGGCGGCCAGUGGGUUUUCUGGCGUCUUCAACAACGCCGGUGUCCUUGACAGCGAACCGCUGGCCUUCAUCUCGCCCACCCCCCCAAACCCUGACCGCAGCGGUGGCCCUCCGUCCUUCGGCGCCCCUGCAGUCCCCAUCCCUCCCCUCACGCCACCCGAGAGCCAGCACCAGCAGGACGAUGAUUGCGAUGAGCUCACAGAGGGAGAGGACAAUGGCGACGAUGACGGACAGGAAGCCCCCCGGGAGCCAGCCGAGGACACGCCCAAGUUCGGCGGCUCGGCUGCCACGCCGCAUUCACUCACGGAUGUGUCAGACGGGGAGGCAGAGGGAGGGCCGCGGGAGCGCCCGCUCCUGUCCAAGUCGCGGCCUGUGUACCAGCCGCUGCGCAUGGGGGCGAGGAAGUCGAGUGCGCCCCGUCGGAAGAACCUGGUGCAGGGGUUUGCGUGUCUGCGUGAGGGCAAGCCACGGAGGCGCCGUGAGGGGCUUAUCGACACAUGGAGGGAUGGAGAAGGGGAGACGGAACACGGGGAUGGGCGGAAGGGUCUUAGGAAGAAGCUGUUCGGGUGAGUCGAUGGAGAGGCAGGAUGAACAGACAGUAUGAAUGCCCUGUCUCUCUUUCCUCUGUUGUCUGCUGCAGUUAUCAGGAGGUGGCCUUGGAGUGGAUGAUCCAACGUGAGGAGGCGGGGGUGACAUACCCGUCGGGGCCCAUCGACGAGUGCAGAGACUCGGCUCACUUCUACGCGCACAAUAUCCGGGGAGGUGUCCUCGCAGACGCGACAGGUGGGUGCAUCGCGUCGCCGUCGUUCGUCCAUGUGGAGUGUACACGCGUGUGCGUGUGUGUGUGUGUGUGUGUGUCAGGUCUUGGCAAGACGAUAGUGACGAUAGCAUUGAUCGAGCAAUGCCAGCAGCCGGGGCCCACUCUCGUAAGCGCUCCACCAGACCAUAAUGGCCCGCAAUCCGUUUCUUGUCGUCAGGUUGUGUGCCCAUCCAACCUGGUUGACCAGUGGGUGUCUGAGGUCCGCAAGUUCGCCCCUCAGCUGACGGUGCGGUCGCUCAAAGGUCCGUGUUACGGCAAGGACGGAAGAAACCAGCGCGCAACGAGCAGUGUUGGCUUGGCAUUGUCUGUGUUGUUAUCAUCAGGCCCCAAGAAGCUCCGUCCCGGUGUGACGCAGCUGCAGAGAUAUGACGUCAUAGUGGCCUCCUACAAUCAGAUCAUAGCCAAGGUGAGAGAAUAGCAAUGCCCGGCCAUCCAUCCCAACACACACACGUGCACAUGUCUCCCGGCCGUCACCAGGAUCACGACCCUCCCACCGACGUGCCACCCCUCAGCAAGACUCCACACCCAGAGUACUCAGCUGACGCGGACUCGGACGAUGCCGACCGGCCCCAUAAGCCACCACCGCCCGUCACGCCAUCCCGCUGGACCAAGAAAAAGACCAACAAGGGCAAAGGCGGCAUACCCAUUCCUUGCUCCAUCGCAGCCAGCCCCUCCCCUUUGACCCACUCGAGGAAGGUCAAGACCUUCCGCAGGCUGCGGCCGGCCAGUGCGGUCGACAGGCCACAUGAGACCAAGAAGAAGGCCAAGGCCGUCCGCAAGAAGCCCUCGAGCGACAGCAGUGACGACAUCGAGGAGUGCGGCAGCAGCGAUGGUGACUCUGAGGGGGCGAGCGACGCGGGGGGCAAGGGGGCGGCGGGGAAGCGGCGGCCUUUCGCUGCCAAGCCCAAGGGCGGCAGGCGGGGUCCCCCCGGUGUGUCUGUGUUCCACCUGAUGGAGUGGCUGCGGGUCGUGCUCGACGAGGCGCACCUCAUCUCAAACGCCAGGUGGGUGACCAACACACCAGACCCGAGACACAGCACACGCCUCUCUCUCUCCCUCUCUCUCUCUCUCUCUCCCGUCCCUGCGCUCAGGAGCCAGCGUGCCAAGGCGGCGUGCAGCCUGCGGUCUCGCUACCGGUGGGCUCUCACAGCCACGCCCUUCAUCGGCUGUGGGGACGGCUGCUGGUCCAGAGGCAAGAAGAAGCGCCCCACGCUGCUGUCUGCGAGGAACGGCUCGACCGGCUCGCAGGUCUUUUGCCGCGUCAACAGGAGCGUCAUGGCGUUUCUGGGGUUCCCGCAGCCGACCAAGGGGACCCCUCCGUGCAACGAGGCGGAUAUGUGGCAGAUCGUCACUCUGAGACGUAGCAAGAAGGAAGUAGCCGAGUAAGGAGGGAAUACACAACAAAAUGGCGGCACACGGACAAGUCGGGCAGCCAGCUGCUUCUUAUUGUGUCGUUCGUUCAUGUGUGUCAGGUUGAUGGAUGAUGAGGUGGCACUGCCCGACAUGGCCUACUCUGUGCAGCUGCUCGACUUCGCACACCCAGACGAGGCCCAGCUGUACUCCCACAUCGAGGAGUGCGCCCUCGCCCGACACACGACACCGCAGCACCAACACCAGCACAGCCCCACCAAAGACGGCACCCGCCUCAAACACAAGAAGCCACAGCCACCACAGCCACCCUACGUGACCCUCAACCCUCUCGAGUCGCUGCUGCGUCUGCGGCAGGCCUGUCUCCACCCAUCCCUCGUCGACCAAUGCAGAGAAGAAGACGAAAAGCCCCCACGGGUGAUCCGCAUCAGCACACUGGCCCUCAGGCGCAUGCUCGAAGAGCAGAGGGGCCAGCGGAAGGCCUCCGGUGGUGUGGUAGAGACACAAGGGGCGGGGGAGAGGGUGGACGUCAAGAGUGAGGGGUUUGUGAGCAGCAAGGUGGGGGCGCUGGUGGGCGAGUUGGAGCGGGUGUGGGGGGAGGGGUCGGCGGUGGCCCGCGAGAAGGUGGUCGUCAUGUCGCACUUCGCCAGCUUUCUGAAGCUGCUAGAAAAGAACCUCAACAAGCAUUUCGGGUGGGUGGGUGUGUCUGCGUGAGUGCGGGUGUCUCGCCUUGGUAGGUAUAUCUGUUUUUGUGCGUUGUUUGUUGGGUGUCAGGUUGGGCGGUUGUGGCGUCUGUGUGCGUCUUGACGGCAGCGUCACCCCCAUCGAGCGGCAGCUGAGGCUGCAUCGACUCAAGAGAGACAGGUGACACAGACACGACCCCCAUAUAUGACAUGUACACAUCUGCCUACCUGUGUGUGUGGGUGCAGUCACAUAUCGGUGUGUCUCCUAUCGACGACGGCCAACCUGCAGGGCAUCAACCUACAGGUCCACACGCACAUUGCGAGACACACACACACACACGUCCAUACACCAGGCAUGUGUGUGUGGGUGUGAUCUAUGCAUCAUCAGGCUGCGGGUCGUCUGUAUCUCUGUGAGCCAUCCCUCGGUGCCGAUCGGCUCCAGCAAGCCAUCGGCCGACUCGUGCGCAUCGGGCAGACACGGUGACCAAACAACCAUCCCACCUGGAGGCCGUGUUGAUAUGUGUGUGUGUGUGUGUGUGGUGCAGGUCGGUGAUUCCUGUAGUCGUGUUCGCCAUGCGUGGCACUGUUGAAGAGCGCAUGAUGGAUGAGGAUCCCUUUGGCGAGCGGCAGGCGCAGACCGCCUCGGCAGCAGACAGCGAUGACGACUUUCGGUAGAUAGCUAUAGCUAGUCGCCCGUGUGCAAUGUGAUCGUGAUCGAGAGCUCUCGCGUACAUGGACCAUUCUUGUACAUGAAAGUGCCCAUUCCAAC